AUGUCUCCAGCAUGUCCCUUUAGGAGGGACCGGCAGGGGAGAAAAGGAGGAGGUGCUGACCUCUGUGUCAAUGACCUGCUGCAGUCCAUGGAGCUCCACCUGGGGAUGAAUGAGGAGCAGACCAAGAGCUUAUGGGUCAGGGUCAAAGUCUUCAAUAGCCACAUCACCCAAGUUGCAGAAGGCAAAGGCAGAGACUGUGAGAAGGAAGAUCCACCCACUGUAGGGGAAGAGCAGGUUCAAGACCACCUAAAGAACCUGAAAGUGCACAAGUCCAUGGGGCCUGAUGAGAUCCAUCUGCGGCUCCUGAGGGAACUGGGCUUCAUCUCCGCCGUUGGCAGCUUCAUCCUCGGCGUUUGCCUCCGGAUCCAAAUCAACCCCCAGAACAAAGGCGAGUUCCAGGGCAUUUCACCGGAGCGAGCAUUUGCUGAUUUCCUCUUUGCCAACACCAUCCUCCAUCUUGUUGUCAUCAAUUUUGUUGGCUGA